GUGCCUUUGACGAGGUCGUCUGCUGUGCAGAUUUCAUUUCCAUUCCCUUUCUGAAAACGCCUUGUUUCUGCUUCUCUCUUUUCGCUGUGUCUCUGCUUGCUGAUCCACUGGGAACUCAUUCUUUUUUAUACACUACUCGUUAUUAAACAAAAUGAUGUAUUCCAAGGCUACUCUUUCUCUACUCUUUGCGGCCCUUGCGGCUGCCGGCCCCAUCGACCGCCGCGAGGUUGCGUCCCUCGACCCGGCUGCCACCGCCGAGGCCCAUCCCCGAGACAACACGGCCACCCGCGCCUUUUCCAACGUCCAGAUCAAGACCUCUGAUGGCAAAUGUCUGAGCGUCGACCCGCUGUCCGGAGACUUCCGAGCCAACCUGACUCCCAUCCAGAUCACAGACUGCGGCAGCGCCCAGGGCCAGGGCUGGGACGUCAUCACCUCCGGUGUCCACAACGACCAAAAGGGCCAGGCUCUCAUCGUGAGCACUCUCACACAGGCCUGCUUCAACUUUGACCCUCGACGAGCGGCUGGAAACCAGGUUCUGCUCUUCUCCUGCGGCGGACGAGCUGAUGGCGGCGGACAAGUCACCAACUCGCAGCUCUUUGCCUUUACCGGUGGCAACGGUCCUUUGAGCCUCACGCCUGAGAACGACCCCACCAAGUGCCUUGUCCCCAAGGGCAACUUGGUUGACAUUGCCGACUGCAGUGCCAGCGACGUCACGCAGAAGUUUACCAUUGGUGGCUCUGCUGGAGGUUCUGAUGGCAGCAGCAGCAACAACUCCAGCUCUGCCGCUGCCAGCUCAGCCGCCGCCUCCUCAGCCGCUGCCGGCUCCAAGCCUGUUGAGACUCAAGCUUCGGCUACUACUUCAGCAGCGGCGGUCACGAGCGCCGUUGAAGCUGCUGUUACGAGCGCUGCCGACGCUGCUGCUGCCACCACGCUGACCGUGCUCGCGACCUCGGUCCACACCGUCAUCAGCUGUGCUCCCACCGUCACCAACUGCCCGGCUCGCACCAACCAGACUGCCAUCGCCAGCCUGCCCGAGUCCGCCAAGACCACCGUCGUUGUCACCGACACCGUCGUGUUGGCCACCACCGUCUGCCCCAUUGAGCAGGCCUCCAGCAUCUCCUCCUCGCUCCAGGCUGCCCACUCCUCCGGCCUCAUCACCGGAUCGACCAUCACCGCCUCGGCCCCUGCCGUGACCACCGCGGCCCAGGCUGCUGCCACCACCAGUGCCGCCGCCAGUGCCGCCACCACCGCUGCGGCUCCCGGAGGUGACGAGAAUGCUCAGUGCUCUGCUCCCCGGAUCGUCACCGUGUCCGAGGUUGUUACCGUUACCGCCGGUCAAGAGUCGGCCUCUGCGGCUGCUGCGGCUGCUACCAGUGCUGGCGUGGCCAACAAUGCCGGUGAAGGCAGCUCUCAGACGACUGCCGCUGCCUCCCAGCCCGCCAUCACCGGAAACCCCACGACUCCCGUGCCUGUCUCUGGCGCUGGCGGCACUUUGAACCCCACUGCCGCAGCUGAAGCCAACGCCUUUGACACGACUGCUGUCCGACCCGUCCAGAGCAUCAACAUCCGAGCCGCUGAUGGCAAAUGCAUGUCUGUCAACCCCACUGCCGGUGACUUCCGUGAGAACCUCAUCCCCAUCCAGAUGGUUACCUGCAGCCAGGACGACCCCAGCCAGAAGUUCGACAUUGUCACCAAGGGUGCCCACAAUGACGGCACCGCUGGCGAGGCGCUCAUUGUCAGCGUCCUUACCAACGGCUGCGUCAACUUUGAUGGCCGAAGAGCGGCCAACGACCAAGUGAUUAUGUUCUCUUGCGGUGGACGUGCCGACGGAAGCGGCAAAACUGCGACUUCACAGCUGUUCCCCUUCAAGAAUGGCGACAACAACAUCAUUCUCACACCUGCCUCAGCCACCAACCAGACCUGUCUCGUCGCUGGUGCUGAGAGAGUGGAGGCUGCAAAGUGCGAUAGCCAGAAAGAUCAAGUCUUCCAGCUGGUGGAGAUUGUGUAAGAGCAAGCAUAGCAAGGCGCUGAAGCAAGCUGUUUCAUCAAACACAGGGGUGGAAUUUUUUUUUUUGUAUGAGACGCUAAAAGGGG